GUUCAAAUACAAACACUGCUGGCAUUGCUAACACCAUACUGUGUAGUACGAAUCCACUCUUUCUGACGACGUUUAUCGUCUUUUUCGGUGUCUGAUACCAUGCUUUGCUCUCUUUGGUUCAUCUUUGCGCUGUCAACAAUCGUCUGGACAGAGGAACACACUCUGUCACUGCAAGAUGUUCUGGAUGUGCCAAAGGACGAGCUGACACUGUUGCUGAUGGGCGAUACACAGUAUCACUACAAGUGUGAACCUUCGAAUAUUCCUUGUAAGAAGUCGUCGAAACGAUGCAGGGAGAGCUAUGGACUCGACUACUAUCUCCGGGCAGGACCAUUCUCCAACGAAACUGUACGGGCCGGUCAGAAAGAGUGCAUCAAAAUUGAAAGCCGAUAUGCGAACCGGGUACAACGACAGGCGCUGGACCGUUUGAUAGCUUGGAUGAGAUAUCCCCCUUCAGCACUAAUCAUCGACGGUGAUCUGACGGAUUUUGGUCACAUCGAACAACAUAAAGAAUUUCAGAACGGUUGGAUGACUUCAUUUCGCUUGCCGAUUUUUGCUGGCUUAGGAAAUCAUGAUUACGAGAACAAUAUCAACGAUUGUGCAUUCAACUUCUGUGCUCAUACAAUGCUAACCUGGUUCACUAAUUAUGCUAAGAAUAUGUCACUCGAUAUGGACUACCGAAGACAUGUAAAGUCUGCUUUCGACAUCGCCUAUGACGGUUCAUUUGCUUACUCAACUAGGAUCUGUAGUGUUACUGGCAUGAAUUGUGCUCACAUUAUUCAACUAAACAACGCUGUAGACUAUGAGACGACGUUUUCGUCGUUCCUUGUUGAUUGGAAAGUGAAUUCAGCAAUGGAUUUUCUCAAGACGGAAUUAAAGCUGCUGAGGGAUAUUGACAUACCCGUACUGAUCAACAUGCAUCAGUGUGAAGGAACCCGCUUGGAGAAGCUGAGGGAACUGAUUGCUGAGUGGAUAUACGAAACAAGAAACGUAGGCCAUCGAAAAAGAAUAGCCGCCUUUUACGCUCACUUGCACUCCAUGCACGAAGCCAAGACGAUGUGCUUGCACGGUGUGGCCGUGCCUUUCGUCUACGUCGGCUCCGUCCCAAACAACAGGUUCUCGAUGCUUCGAAUAUCUCGAAAUCAAAGUUCGCUGGUUGGACUUGCGGCUCGUGAUGCUUUCGACGUCGGUGAGGAGAACUCAGUCCAAGCUUUAGGAGUAAUUCAUGAUCUCUGGGGCAAUUGCCCACCAUCCAGUCAUUCCUUCUAUCCUUUCGUUGAUGAUUCCAAAAACGGUGUGAAUACUUUUCAAAAACCGGUAAAAUCAUUGUAGAGAUAUCAGUUCUUUCAACAUAUUCGUAUUUCUUAGCAUUUCGAAUGUUUUCGUUUUUACAUCGUAUAAGUUCGUAUUUUCUAGGGCUUGAAUUGUUAGAUGUACCAGCAAUAUAAUAAAAUCCACUACUAUUACUAGAACUUCUAGAAAACAUAUUCGUGCACGCAAUGAACCGAAGCCU